CGCCGCCAUGAGGCUCUACAGCCUAAGUGUCCUUUACAAGGGGGACCCCCGCGCGCGGCUCCUCAAAGCCGCCUACGACGUCUCCUCCUUCAGCUUCUUCCAGAGGUCCAGCGUGCAGGAAUUCAUGACCUUCACGAGCCAGCUCAUCGUGGAGCGCUCGCCGCUGGGCAGCAGGGCCUCCGUCAAGGAGCAGGAGUAUCUGUGCCACGUGUACGUGCGGAGCGACGGGCUGGCCGGCGUGGUGAUCGCCGACACCGAGUACCCGCCGCGCGUCGGCUUCACCUUGCUGGACAAGGUGCUGGACGAGUUCUCCAGGCAGGUCAGCAGGAUGGACUGGCCCUCGGCGUCCCCGGCGAGCGUCGCCUACGCCGCGCUGGACGGAUACCUCAGCAAGUACCAGAACCCGCGCGACGCUGAUCCCAUGACCAGGGUGCAGGCGGAGCUGGACGAGACCAAAAUCAUCCUGCACAACACCAUGGAGUCGCUGCUGGAGCGAGGCGAGAAGCUCGACGACCUGGUGUCCAAAUCGGAGGUGCUCGGGGCGCACUCGAAAGCCUUCUACAAAACGGCCAGAAAGCAGAACUCGUGCUGUAAGAUCAUGUGACCCGGACGCCUGGGCCCCCUGCUCCGGCCCCUCAGCCCUUGGCUCCCGUUGAGCCCUCGGGAAGGAAAAGACCAAGGAGGGGAUCCCAGGCGGGGGCUGCGGCCGGCGCCAGGGCCCCCC